GAGUGGCUACCUGGGGGACUAGAACCUCAGCCCGGUGGAGUGCCACGGCAGUGGAGCUGGGACCAAUUGAGCAGCGGAACGAAUGUGCUUGGAGAUUUGUUUCCCUUCUCUCGGCGGCUCAGUUCGAGGAUCGGACCAGACCCGGCCAGGGACCGCUGUUGGUCAUGUUGGUCUGGGCUGCGGUCCGGUGCGGAGUCCGGGCGGGUGUCCCUGUUCCGAUUGCCCGGCUCCGGCCCCGGCCCCAGGCGCAGUCUUCCCCCUUCCUGCGGGGUCUGGGGCCGAACCGGGCGUUUAACGACGGGGAAAGAGAGGCCGAGCCUGCGGAGCAGGAACUGGAGGAGUUAAUCAGGGCUGAGAAGAAUAAACAGAAAGCUAUAAAAUUCCGCCGGAUUCAGGCGGAGUUUGGGAGUCGUGGAGCUCCGCCGAGAACUCUAACGACAGAAGCCCUGCAGCAAAUCAGGUUUUUGAAGGCGAGGUUUCCAGAGGAGUGGACUGUGUCUCAGCUGGCCGAGGGGUUCUCGGUGAGCGAGGAUGUUAUCCGUAGAAUACUGAGGAGCAAGUUUAUCCCUUCGCCGGAAAGAAGAAUGAAACAAGAUGCAAAAGUAGCAGCAGCGAUGCUGCCCCUCUCUCACAGAACAGAACAACCCCCUGUCAGGUUACCGGGCCCAUCAGACCCAGGCAGAUCCAAACUAGUCACGGAUCAGCCACCUGUGCCCAGACUCUCUCAGGGGGCAGUCACACUUCCCGUACUCCCUGACACCAGAACCAGGGAGGAGGAGGUGGGAGAAAGCAAACCCAUUCAGCAGAGAUUUAGUACAGACAUUGCUGGUCAGGGUGUAAUGAAGGUCAAAACGCAGAGGAAGGAAGCUGCUAGCAAGGAGAGGUACGGGUGCGAGAAAACCAGUGACACAUCUGAUGUGGAGCAGCUUCCAGCUGGUGGAAUCGUGGAUGAAGAAUUGGAGAAAUUCACAGCUGGAAGGCGGGAAAAUCAAAUGAACAUUAUACAGAGGGGCCGUGAAUUUUAUGACCAGGAAGGCAAUUUCCUUUACAGAAUUGAUGAGCACCUGACUAAUCCCAAACAGGAAUCCUGACUUGUGCACUUGGUGUGCAUCUGAAAGGGAAAGACCUGCCUGCCCAUGGGGGUGUUCCCAAGUGGUUUACGACCAGUCGUGUGAUUUUUAACAAUCAUGCUGUUCUGUAGGAAACAAAGCCACCAAUCUGCAUUCAGCAAGAUCCCACCGCAGCAGCAGCAUGGUAAUAAGCAGGUUAUUUGUUAGUGAUAUUGUGUAAGGGGUAGAAUUUCUGGACUCCAAUGAAAACCUCUGUGGGAUUAUAACGAUGGAGCUUUAUUUAAGUCUCAUUAGACUGUGGGCCAUAGACGUUUGGACCCACGGCAGCCUUGAUUUGGAGGUAGGAGUUCUAAUGCACAAAGGAAUCAUCGAGUGACUGCUGUUUCUUCCUGAUUUCCCCACCUGAGCAGCUGUCCACUUGAUUGUGACCAACUCCAUAGUCGUGUUGAACGGACAGCUAUUUUGUCACAGGUGUCUGGUCAGGACAGACCCAAUCCGAAGGGUGGCCUCCAACGGGAUGAAACUGUGGGGUCAGCCUUUUUCUGGGAAUGACUGCACUGAUUAAGAUGGUGGGAGUUUGAACUGGCAAUGCAACAAAUAUGCUGGGUAUAAGGUGUGGAGACUGGGUAAUGAUAUUGUGUGCUGUUUUCAUUGCGAAUAACUGCUUCACCCUGCACGCACCUGUAAACAAGAUCAUCUGCAAUAAAAGUCCUUGAAAUGUUUCUGCUAAUGUUCUCUGGUGAGUGUAAUAAACUGAAAUGAAAACCAAUUCUUUAUAAGCAUGGGCUCAUAUUGAACAGGUUCCGUCAGAGUCUGUAGUGAAAAAAAGUUGUACUAUCUUGUCCAGUUCUCCGAAGUAGGCAGGUCCACAGACUGCCAGAGCAAACUGAAAGAUACAUGGAGUUGGUGUUCGAAAUACCAGGCGAUUUAUUAAAAACUGGUGUGCAGCAGGAGGCCAGUCAAACCUGAUCAACUUUAGUAUGAAUUUGGUACAGCUUUUACAUUCUCAAUUGACAAAUAAAAUUACAUUUUGAUAACAAUGUGGCUACAGGAAGACUUAAUUCAGUAAUGGACUAGAUCCUGAUUGCAGAAUAAAAUGAUUGUCUACAAAUCUAACAG